AUGGCUUGCAUCCACUGUCAGAGACGCAAGAGGGACUGCGAUGAGAGAAGACCCCGAUGCAACUUCUGCAGGGCCUCUCGCCUGCGAUGCAGAUAUGAGCAACGUCCUGCCCUGCUCCGGGCCCGGCGUGAGCAGAGAAGGGUAGAGCCAGAAGAAACUCCAAGUCCGACAGAGAGGUCCGAAACUGUUUCUCUCUCUGAGAGGAGUACUGAGAGCCCCAUCAGCCCCAUCAGUCCUCCCUCUAUGCAACAAUACAUCCAUACAUUGGACCCUUUCAAGAGUUACCUACGGCAGGAGAGCCUUUUUGCGAAGUUCCUCGCCUCGUGGGAUGACGAAUUCCCGCACCUCAAAGAAAUGGAAGAUGUCGAACAAACUGCCAUUCAUUUCAAUUUCGAUGAGCCGGGAAUCCAACUUCCACCUCCGUAUAACCCGAUGGGUAGGAAGCCCACAGAGUCCGAGAUUCAACAGGGAAUUGUCUCUGUCACUUGGCCUAGCGAGUUGACCCCAUCGCCGUUUCAACCGCCCAGUCUGCAGGGCCUCCCUAUUCGUCUCCUUACCCAGUAUUACGGACGGGUCUUGGACGGACAGCUCACGUACAAGCGGCCGGAUUGGACUUAUUAUACUUUCUUCUUCCAUCGCUUCAACGCGCAUUAUCGCUGCCUGUUGUCUGCUAUCCAAUCGUGGGCAUCUGCGAGCCUUCAUGCUGCUGGGAAGAAGGAGUCUCUGGAGGAUGCACUGCAGAGCUACUAUGACAGUAUGUCGAUGAUGAUCAAGGGUUACGGUAUAACGGCGAACUCGCCGAGUACUAUUGAGCACAGGAUGGAAAGGACGGCCAAUUUCUUGACCUGCACCACUGCAGAGGAAAGAGAUGCCAUGUUCGUGACAUACUUCUUUCUUGCGCUCUUCGACCUGAUGGCGGCGCGACCACGUCAGUUUCGUGGUAUACUGUCGUUCAUUGCCUCAUUCCUGAAGAACCCGAAUUUCAGAUCGCAGAUGACCGGCGUGCAAGCGCGUGUCGCCUACUGGUUCUGCAUCCUUGACAGCAAAGCAUGUGCCUUCCAGCGAGGUGCCGGCGCCGUCCUCAAGGCCUUGGGCGAUGAACAGUAUCAAGUAUCUGCCUUGCAUUCAUCGCACACUGUCCUUCAACAAGCCUUCCGCACCACCCGCACAGAGAGAGAGCAAUCAAUCGAGCACACCAAACUACUUCUCCAAGACCUCAUGCUCCGUUUGACAAUCCUGCUCCACCAAAUCACCGAAGCCAAGCAUCGGCUCCCCAAUCCCGAGCUCGUCCAAUCCAUCCGCGAGAGACUCAACCUCCACAAACAAACCAUUGACAUGAAAUUCUCGGCUGUCGACUACGAAGACGCUCAAUGCCGAGCAAUGUUCUUGGUUACUUCGGCCCUGUACCACGGUCUCGAGAUCUCGCUUUCGCGAUCCCUUCGACCGAAUGAUGCGAGACACGCUGCCAGCCAGCACGCGAUCAGCAUCAUUCAGAUCUCGCAGAAGCUCGAGACUUUGCAGCCCGAGGGGCUGGUUUUGAGAUCGCCGUCGAUGAAGAUCUGGCCUCUUCCGCUGGUUAUGGCGGUGAUUGAGGUUGAGGGUGCCGUUCAUCGCGAAUGCGCCAUCAAGCUCCUCGCCUCGUUCGUGCCCAUCGCUAGUGAGCAUCAUACCUGGGCGAAGAAGUUCGCCGAGACGGUUUGCGAACGCGAGGACAAGGCAGAGAGUCGACUUGACUGGGAACCUAUCAUGAAGGAUGUGAACGAUGGUUUGGUUGUUUAG